AUGAUUUCGAUUAAUGAUGAACAAACUUUAUCGAAUUUAUCUGAUAUUGAUGUUGGUAAUACAACUUCUGAUUCUUCAUCACAAACGUUCGCAACGAUGAUAACAAGUACACCACAAUCAACAUAUAAACCACGAGUGAAUUUUCAUUCAAUUGAAUCAUUAGCAUCAUCUUGUACUUCUAUUUUUUCCCCUUCUAUCCCUAAUCAAAAGAACGACGAUACCGGUUAUAGUUCAUUCAAUUCUCCGACUCCAUCAUCUCGUGAAUAUUAUCAUACGUUCAAAUGUAAUGAACGAAAGACACGACGAAAAUUAUCUGAUUGGCAAAUCUGGUAUUUAAAUCAAAUUUAUGCUAAAAAUCGAUAUCCAACACCACAUGAACAAGAACAAAUUGCUGCACAAGUACUUUUACCAACAUCAUCAAUUCGCAUUUGGUUUCAAAAUCAUCGUGCACGAUCUGGAAAAAAAUGA